AUGUCUUAUAGAGGAGCAAACUGGGUUCAUCAACCGUCCGAUUUUCGUACGGUUGGCAGUCUAGCAAACGGCAUCAAGCCCGAUUUGGUUAUCUUGUACCUUACCAUCCCAAGGGAGACUGUGGAACAAAUCCUCGAGCCAGCACCUUCUCGCACAUCUGUAUCAAAUGUCAUCAUCUUGCUUGGGCCCAAAGGAAUAUACUACGCCACGGCAGAAGGACCCAGUGGACAUGAAGAAGCAUACAAUGUUGAAAUGGUGGAUUCUACCAGAGGAGGCGAUGCAUUCCUGGGUUGCUAUGCAGCCGAUUAUGUUCGUCAAAAAGCACAAGGGGAAUGGAACAUUCAACAGGCGGUCCAACGAGCACACCGGGCUUUGGCUUGCACCAUUUCCCGAAUUGGAGCUCAAACCUCAAUUCCAUGGGCUGACGAGAUCGAUGCGCUAGAGUAA